AUGAAAGGUAUAGCUACAGCUUCAGCUGAAUUCUUUUAUUUGGUAAACUUGAUUGUUCAAAAUCAAUGGAUGAUUAAUGUUGAUUUAUCAAUAAAAGUAAUGAAUAAACAAAAUGUUUAUUCAAUUUUAACGAAUAAACUUAAUCGUUUAAAUGAUAUUAAACAAGUUCAAGUUGUAUCAUUAACAGAACUUCUUGAAUAA